GGCAGGGCUGCCAUUUCAUCGGCAUCGGCUUUCCACCGCCAGUCGGGCGCCGAUGGCUGCGAAGCGCCCUGCGGCGGCGGAGCCCAUCCUUCCAGUGGUCGGCGAGUUUCGCCAACCCGGCCCGCGGGCCCUCGAGAGGACCGUCCUGCGCCAGACCAAGCGCAUCCGCUCGCUCAACAUCCAGGUUUUCUGGCUGAAGAAGCGCACCAAGGCGCUGAAGACGGCGAUGCUUCAGAUGAAGAGGGCCGCCGAGAGCGUCACCACCGCAGACGACCAGCGCUGCGCCCAGAUGCACAUUGAGAUCAACAGGGCUGAGGACCGCCACCCGCCUCAGGUGCAGACGGAGGAUGAGCCAGAGUGAGGAGCCCGCCGCCCUGUCAAGCCUGUCACCAUGGUCGGCCUCGACGAGGCCAGAGCGAGGAGCCCGCCGCCCUGUCGCCAGCUGGCGCGCCAUCAGUUGGCAUUGGCCAGCUGCGUUGCUUAGCGCACUCGGUAUGCAGAGCGCAGUUGGCAGAGAGUGCAUCAGAUUUCUGUGCGCAAUCAGUUCCAGGUGA